AUGGGGACACUGAUACUAAACCAAAUCAAGAAACAAGCAUCUUUCUAUUUACAUGAGAAAUACAAAGUGGUCAAAAUGGUCUUAACAGAUGUGUCUGAGGCAGAGCUGUUGGCUGAAGAAGCAACAAAUAAUGUUCCAUGGGGCCCUGAUGCUAAAACGAUGACCAAAAUAGCUGAGGCAUCAUUUUAUUUAGAUGAUUACUGGAGAAUCGUUGACGUUCUACACAAAAGGUUUGAUAAUAAUGAUUGGAAGGAGUGGAGACAAUCAUACAAGUCCUUGGUACUUCUGGAAUUCUUACUUACACAUGGUCCUGAUGACAUUGCUGAUGAAUUCCAAUGCGAAAUAGAUGUGAUUCAAGAGCUAGCAACAUUCCAACAUAUCGAUGAAAAAGGUUUCAAUUGGGGUGUUCACAUGCAAAAGAGGUCAGAAAACAUACAAAAACUUCUUGAAGGAGGAGAAACUCUCAGAGAAGCUCGACUAAAAGCUCUAAGACUCACAAACGAGAUCCAGGGAUUUGGAAGUACUUCAUCGCCUUCUUCCUCCUCAUCAUCUCCAUCAUCGUCCUCUGAGGUCUCAUCCUUUGGCUCAUAUUCUACAUCCUCUACUGAUGUAAUUGGGAACUUACCAUCACCAACCAAACAGUUAGCAACCGAAAACUACAUGAAAGGAGAUGAUACUCAUUCUUCACAAAGUAGAGGUCAUUUUGGAAACUUGCACGUUUGGGACUGCCCCCCACCCGAAGAAAAUGGCUCAUUGCUUGAAUAUGGAAAUGAUGAAAGCGUGAAAAGGGAGAGCUUCUUCACCGGAAUUUUCUCCAAGUUUACGGAUAUCUCUCCUCUAAAAACAUAUGAUAAUGCAAAAACAAAACCAACUUAUAGAAGCAUUUCAGAUGUUGGUCAAAGUUUAAAGAAGAAAUAUGAUCGUCAGUAUUCUUUGGGUAGCUGA